AUGGAAAACAGAUUACAAGGCAUCCUAGAGAACCGGCAGGUUUGUGGUGGUAGAAUCCAAAGUCUUCGAUCCUGGUGUUAUUAUGUGGGCUGGAGCCUCUGCUUGUCUCUUUCUCUUACGUGCUUCAUCAUCGCAGGAACUCUUGGAGUAAAGUUCGACAAAACAAAGACUCUUCUUUGGGCUCAUUCUGUGUUCUUUUCUCUUGUCUGCUGUGGCUUUGUACUGCAUCCAGCAAUGAUACUCAUAACUGCUAUCACAGUGUCUCUGCUGCUUCGAAAGAAGCCAGACUGGUUCCACAGUCUAAGUGUAAAAGAGCCUGUCACUGAAUUAUUGAGACACAGGGACCAAAAACUUGAGAAUGUCUUUGUUAGCAAAUACCAGCAAUCCCAUUUUGAAAAGACGCUCGCUGCCCGUCAGAGAGCCAGGUAUUUGCGUCUGGUGCAGCCACCAAAUUCAAGAGAGUUGAAGUGUGUGAGAGGCCAGAUGAAGAAACAGACUCUCCUUCGCAAAACCGCAAGGGAUUUGACGUUUCACCUAAUCAUGCUGUUGACAGUUCUGUUCGUGACCUAUGGAAAGUCUGACAAUGACUACAAGUACCAUUUGAAUCAAGCUAUCAAAUCUCAUUUCACAACGAGUCUGCAAAAUUCAUUUCACUCCAUCCAAAAACAUGACGAUUGGUGGAACUGGACAACAACCGCUUUCCUUGAGAGAUUAUAUGACAGUGCCAUCUGCUAUGAUAAAAGAGUAGAAAAUGAAACUUUCAGCGGUCCUUUUUCUCUUAUUGGGAGUCCAGUCAUAAGAAAGAUCAAGAGCACAUAUAACUCGUCAUGCCAGAUCUUGAAUUUGUUGGGCAAGCACAAUAUUAAAUGCUCUGAUAACCAGUCUGUGGAAAAGAGACACUCACUUUGUGGGAAACUUGGGUGUUAUGAGGGAGAAAGUGUGAGUGUGAGCCUUGGAAAAACAAGGUCCAAAGCAAUCAAGUCAAUUAAAAAGCUUCUGGAUACUGGCUGGAUGACUCCUUUCACCCAAAUUGUGAUGGUCCAGUUUAUCCUGUACAAUGGGCCCAGUAACCUCUUCACGGCAGUCACUAUUCUAGUAGAGCAAACCUCAACAGGAGCUCUGAUGCCCUCUGCAAGCAUACAGUCCACUAGACUCUACCAUUUCCCAGCUGCCCUUGACUACAGUGUUAUGACCUGUGAGCUUCUUUUCCUUUUAUUCACCCUGCUUCAUAUGUAUCGGCAAAUAUAUGUUAUGACUCAAAGAGAAUGGCUUUACUGGAGAAACCUUUGGAGCUGGCUUGAGGUGACAUUACACUCUUUCUAG